UUCGAAGAAGUGGAUCUCAGCUGUCCCUGCUCUCCGCACAUCCGCAUCUUCGCAUUCGUACUCGUAUUCGCAGUCGCAUCCGCAUAUCCGCGCGUCCACUUCUCUCUGCCGCGCGUGCUUGUUCGUGUGCCAGUGUGCGUGUACCGCAAAAUAGCAUGUACAUGUAUCUGUAUGUGCAUGUGCGCCAAGUGAACGACCAACUUUUUUAAUAUCGAGCAAAAUGCAACGAAAAUAAAUGCACGACGGCAUGAAAACGAAAAGAAGCGCAAAACAACAACAGUGAAUUCGAAUUUGAUAACUUUUUCAAAAACAAAACGAUAAAACCAAAAACCUUUUUUUAAAUGGCAAACCUGUGACAAAGUGAAGAGCAACAACAAGCAGAAUAAACCAGCAAUAAACCAAAAAACACUCAACUAUAGGCAACUUUUAAAAGGUUCACCAGCUACAACACAGAUCCACCACAGACUACAGACGACACAUCAUGGAGCACAUAAUGAAUCCGUUCAUGUCACCGGCUUAUCUGCUGGGCCAUGGCCCACAUCAUCCCCACCACUCCCAUUCCCAUGGGCCACAACAACAGUCGUCACAGUCCCAGCAAUCGAAUACCAAUGGCAAUGCCUCCUCGCCGGCCAGUUCACCAGGCGGUUCUAGUGGCUCUGGAUCCGGUGGUUCUUCGGGUUCAUCCUUGAAGCCACGUCGCUGGGGCUCGCCGCCCAUCAAUCUGGCUGGGCAGUUUAUCAAUCCGGCGACGGGCAAGAAGCGCGUUCAGUGCUCCAUUUGCUUCAAGACCUUCUGCGACAAGGGCGCCCUCAAGAUUCACUUUUCUGCCGUUCAUUUGCGAGAGAUGCACAAGUGCACCGUGGAGGGUUGCAAUAUGGUGUUCAGUUCGCGACGCUCGAGGAAUCGUCAUAGUGCCAAUCCGAAUCCCAAGCUCCAUUCGCCGCACAUUCGUCGCAAGAUUUCGCCGCAUGACGGGCGGACGGCCCAGCAGUUUCCCGUCUUCUCACCGAACUCGGCGGCGGCGGCAGCAGCGGUCGCUGUGGCGGGACGACUUCCGGUUGCCUUUCCGGGUUUGCUGCCACCACCGCCGCCGCAUCAUCAUCAUCCGGGGCAUCAUCAUGGUCACCAUCCGUAUGUAAUGUUCGGCGGUCAUCAUGGCCUGGGCGGUCUGCUCUCCUCCACCUCCGCCUCCAACUCGUCGUCCUGCCAGGAUACGGACUCGGGAUCGGUGGACAAUGAGGAUGACUUUGUGUAUGUGGACAUGCAGGCCAAUAGCUCUAGUCCGGCGGCCUCCAGUGAUCAGGAGGAUCAGGUUGAGGAGGAUCAGGUUGAAGAGGAUCUGCUUGAGGAGGAGGAAGAUCAUCAGCUGGCCGAGGAUCAGGACGAGGAAAUGCACUGCAGCUUGAGCCUGGCCAGCAGUAGUAGCAUCCACAAUGCCGCCGAGGAUGAGGAGCGAGCCGAUCAGCCACUGGACUUUAGCCUGCACAAGCGACGCAAGUCGGAAGAGCUGGAACAGGAGGUUGAAAAGGAGCAGGAGCAGGAUGUGGAGUCGGACAAGGAGCAGGAACAGGAUCAGGAACUGGAGCUGGAGAAGCGCACGCCCAGUGAUGCCUUCUCCAUGGAUCAGCUGCUGGGCAAGCGGAAGCGUCACGACAGCAACGCCUCCAGUUCCGCCGGCUCCACGGUUGCUGCCUCCCCUUCUACCACCGCCGCCUCAUCCACCUCCUCUACCUCCAUCGCUCCAGCGACGAGCAUCAAAAUGGAACUGGACCUGGACUGCACCACCACCACCACCGAGAGCCACCGUCGGCAACAGCAACCAAUGCUACCUCUGCCCGUUUUGGAUCUCGAGGAGCGGCACCAUCUGCGCCUGCUGCAGACCCAAAUGUUCGCAGCCGCAGCCGCCGCGGCGGCACCAGCCUUCCUUCCACCAGCGGGUGGAUCCCCCAUCGAUCUGGCCAAGGACUCGCCGCCCAUGUGGAGUCUCCUCUCGGAGAUGUAUCGCUCCAUGCUGCUAAAGACGCAGCACCAGCAGCAGCAGCAACAGUACAGCAGCCACCACCAGCAGCUGCAACAGCAGGCGCAUCAUCAUCUGCAGCAGCAACAGCAAGAGCAGCAGCAGCAGCAGCACUAUCAUCAUCUGAACCAACUGACCCACCACCUGAACCACCUGAACCACCAGGAGCAGGCACUGAACCACCUCAAUCUGAGCCAGCAGCCGCAACAACAGUCGCCGGCGGCCACAAAUGCGCCGAUUUCGGUCUAAAUUGUGGAUAAGAUGAUCUAGAAUCUAGAUGAUUUGCUUCUAAACUGUGGAUUAGAUGAUCUAGCAUCUAGAAUCUAGCAUCUAGGGUCUAGCAUCUAGAUGUUUUCCUUAGUCAAAUUUGUUUUUCUUUUUUUUUUUUCGUAUUUUAAGAUGGGGUUCUGGGGAAGGUAGUCGUGGUUGGGUGGUAGUGGGGACGUGCCAAAAGCUGGACCAUUAAAUGGCUGGCAAUCCUCCUCAGGCGCGACCCUGCCACACCCACCUACACCUACAAAAAAACCUUCCACCCUCCCUCUACACAAACUUUAUGUGUAACUGGAAUUGCUCCGAAACUAAGCUUUUUCUGCUCGUACAUGUGUUAUAUGGAAUUUUUUUUGGAAAACGUAUGUUUAAUGUAUUAUGUAUACCGUAGUAGUGCGACGACAUCUAAGUGUAUAGUAUUCAAUCCGUUCCUCAGUGUGAAUGUUGAAUGAAUGAAUGAAUGAAUGAAUGUGUUUUUGUGCGUUUGGGAUCCCAGGAUCGGGGAUCCACAUAGUCUCUCUGGGCAGUGCAGAAAAAGGGGCUUUAAGGAACGGAUUCUCAUUCGAGAAUAAUUCCCUCUGCCGCCCCCUCGAUCGAUCAAUCGAUGUGUACAACGAAGUAUUUGAUAUUUAUAACGAAAUAUAUAUUAUGAAAUGCAUAUAUUAAAUAGUUUUAAGACAAUUUUUUUCGUAGCCAAUAAAUGUAUGUAUUGUAUAACUUGGAUGUACUAACUAAAACACACAGCAAGCGAAUUCUAUUGAAACAUAUCCCCCAACCCCAACACACACACACAAACACACAGAUAAAUCCAAUAAAAAUGGUUGAUAGAUCUUAGGUGAACGAAAAAAAAUGUUAUUGCUCUCGCUAACGAAAAUUCCUCCCGACGAUUAUUGUGCACUGUAUUACAACAAGAAUUUAAGUUUUUAUUAACAAAUAAACAGCGGCAAAAUUGAAGAAACAUGUAA